GCCCGUGUGUCGGCGUGUGAGUAAACAGUUGUAGCAAUCCCUGCAGCAAAAGAGAGAAACUUCAGACUUUAUGACAGGUUGAGAUCUUCUAUCGGGUUUCAGAAUACAUUUCUUCUGUUAGCAAGCAUCGGGAGCAACAUGAAGAUCAAAUCCAAGUCUUCGUAUCACAAAUCCGAGAACACCUACAGGUUUCUCACAUUUGCUGAAAGGCUUGCCAAUGUCAACAUUGAUGUCAUCCAUCGCAUUGACCGAACUGGAUCUUACACAGAGGAGGUUGAGACAUACUUCUCAGAGGGACUGACAAAAUGGAGAGACCUCAACUUAACGGAGCAUUUCACUACAUUUUUGAAAGAGGUGGCCAACAAGAGCCAGUCCUUCAACAUGCUGGUUUUCCAUCAGAAGUACAUAGUGGAAAGCCUGAAAACCCAUCUGGCAGUCAAGAACAGUUUGGCCUACCAGCCUCUGCUGGAUCUGGUGGUGCAGCUGGCCAGAGACCUGCAGACAGACUUUUAUCCCCACUUCCCUGACUUUUUCCUCCUCGUCACAUCCCUGCUGGACACGAAGGAUACAGAGGUGCUAGAGUGGGCUUUCACCUGCCUCUCCUACCUAUACAAGUACCUGUGGAGGCUCAUGGUGAAGGACAUGACCAACAUCUACAGUUUGUACAGCACAUUAUUGGCACAUAAGAAAGAGCACAUCCGCAACUUUGCAGCUGAGAGCUUCUCUUUCUUGAUGAGAAAGGUUCCAGAUCUCGACGCUUUGCUAAAUCACAUUUUCUCAGACCUGGAGCAGAACCCUGACAAGGUGGAGGGCACGGGUCAGCUGCUGUUUGAGAUGUGCAAAGGGGUCCGGAAAAUGUUCCACUCCUGUGCUGCGACUGCUCUUUCUGUUGCCUGGAGGAAGCUCGGUCUCACAACCAACCGGGGGAUCUCUCUACCUUGGGAUGCGGUCAGGGACGCUUUGGAUCACAUGGUCCAGGCGGCGGCCAGUUAUGUGGACAAGGAACACUUCCUGGUUUUAUGGGAAUCACUGCAGGUCAGUGCAGAGCAACUGUCAGAUGCUGUGGGAAGAACGGAUGAAGUUACAUGUGGGGCAGUGGAGCAGCUGGAGAGGCUGCUCUUUGUUCUCCACACACUGGUGUCCCACGGAGGUGGAGCCAAAGUCACCAAGCCGGAGAUAAUCUGCAAGAUGUCUGUACAGCUGAUUGAAAGCUCCUUCCGGUCAGCGUCCUGCUCCCGUCUCCUCCUUCAGAUCACCUCCUCUCUGCUGCUAGGGGAGAACAUCAGCCUACCCAACGUGCUCAUACAAGAAACUGUCCAAAAGAUAUUUAGCAGCAGGUUGGAGCAGGAUAUCAUACUGGAGUUCACUAAGGAGAUGUUCACCAUGAACCAGUUUGAACAGCUCUUCCUUCCCAGCCUUCUGCGCUUCACCGCUGGGUUGUUUGGAUGUGGAAACGCUACGUCGCGCCACAGCGCUCUCGAUGUGCUGGUCAGUCUGAUCCUCGCCAAAGCCCCGCCCCCUACUGAUGGCUCCAUGGCCUUCGAAACCUACCCACUUCUGUUCACCGGCCAGAACAUAAGCAGUAAGGGGGCAGAGCAGCAGAUGGUACCAGAACUGGUUCUGUCCCUGAUCAAACUUCCAGAGGAGCAGCCCAUCACUGAUCUGUCGCUGCCUUGGGCCGCACUGGUUCUGUUGCCACACCUCAGACCUCUGUCUCCGGCUGCCGUUCUCCCCGCGGUAGCAGCUUUUGUAAAUCACCUUCUCCAUGACAUCGAGGCAGAGAAAAUGGGAAGAGCUGCCCUGUUUGUAGCCAGACAGGCUCUGAGCUGUCUCCUCUCAUUGGACUGCUCUGCCCAGCUGCUCUCACUGGUAUCUGUGGACAAAGUCUACUCAGUCCUGCAGAGGUUUCCCACAGACGUGUCGGCUCUGCUGCUCGGAGACUUGUACCACACCCGCCUAUCGCUCAGUGGCGUAUCGGAGCAUCUGUCCCACAGCACCCUGCUGGAGAUCUAUGAGAUGCUGCACUCCAACCUCUCCUCAAAUGUUUCCAAGAUCCGCCUGCUGACUCUGAGGAUCUUCUCCCAGUUUGAGGCCGAGAUCCCACCACUGACCGAGGAUGAAGAGACCUUGAAGGCUCAGUCAGUGUUUGCCAUUUGCCUGCUGGCUGAGCUGGUCCCCGCAUCGGUGCAGGACUACAGGGAGAAGCUGCUUCACCUCCGGAAACUAAGGCACGACCUGGUGCAGCGCAGCCUGCCACGGGGGCCGCUGGGCACCUUCCCGCAGGUCCCUCUGAGGUAUCUCAUUUCCAUGCUGUUUGUCAACUUCAGGCCACUGUGGGAUGCAGUCAUUGAACUCAUUGUGAGCCAUGCCAAAGGAAUGGAGAACAAGGACUUCUGGAGGGUUUAUUAUGAACAUUUGGAGAUGGUGGCAGAGUUGGCCGAGAAGGAGUUGGAUGUGACUGAUGAAGAUGACCGUGAAGAAGACUCAGGCCCAAGAGACGAGGCUGGCUGUGAUGUCAUUGAAAGCGGCGACGUGGGGGUGCUGUUCCUGGAUCGGCUGAAGCUGACCUCCAACCCCAACGAGAGGACCGACUUCCCCAACUUCCGCAGCCUGCUGUGGCGAGCCAUGGCGCAGUUCCCCGACAGGGUGGAGCCUCGAAGCAGAGAGCUGAGUCCCCUGCUGCUCAGGUUUAUCAGGAAUGAGUUUUAUCCUGCCGACAUGCUGGUUGCACCAACUCAAGACUUGAGGAAAAGAAGUGAAGCUGUCCAUGAGGAAUCGGAGAUGGCUUUGGAGGAGGAGGACGAGGAGGAGAAGGAAGAGGAGGCAAGCAAGCAGCAGAGGAAGGCACUUCCAAGGAGAGCUGCUGCAAAACAGCUUAUUGCUCAUCUGAAGGUGUUUGCAAAAUUCACCAACCCUCGGUCUCUCUAUCUGGAGAGCAGCCUCAGUGAGCUCUAUAACCAGCUGCUCUGCCAUCAGGACCAGCAGAUUCAGCGCGUGGCACUGGAAUGUGUUCUUACAUACAAAGACCCCAACAUAGUGCCCUACAAGGAGAAUCUUGAGCGGCUACUGGAUGACAAACACUUUAAAGAGGAGAUCGUCCACUUCAACAUUUCAGAGGAAACAGGCGUAGUUGAUGCUUCCCACAGAGGCAGACUGAUUCCACUGCUCAUGAGGAUCCUAUUUGGCCGUCUGCGCAGCAAAGCUGGCAGUAAGUUCCAGGGAAAGGCGAGCGCCGCCACUCGGUCCUCCAUCAUUUUGCGGUUCCUGGCAGGGAGCCAAUCAGAGGAGCUGGGGAUGUUCAUCGACCUUCUUCUAGAGCCUCUGUGCCAUUACAGCCAAGGAUCUUGUCUGGGUGCUGUAGAAAAGGCCAUAGCAGACACGAACCUGGCCGCCGUCCUUCCUCUGGGCCGUCAGCACAGCCUGCUGAACAUCAUCAAUGUUGUGCUCCACAAACUGGGGCACCUCAUCCACAUGAACCUGCCCAAAGUGCUGCAGAUUCUGCUGUGUGUCAACGCCUCUGUGUGCACCAUCUUGGACCAAAGAGGCCAGCUUCGAGCAGGAUGCGUUAAUCCCCUGAAGAACCUGAGGAGACUGGGUAUUCUGAGGAUUCAGGACUUCUUCGAUGCGUUCGACUUGUACAGCUUCAGCCCUGAUGAGAUCGAUGCCGUUUUCCAAGCAGUUGUCUGGCCUCAGGUGUGCCGUCUCCCCACAGAAAGCCCCUAUUCCCCCACCCCUCUGCUGAAGCUCAUCCAUGUGUGGUGCAAAAAUCCCAGGUAUUUCCCCCUCCUAGCCAAGCAGAGGCCAAACCACCCAGAGUGUGACACCCUUCUAAAUGUCUUUGCCCUCCUGUCUGCCAAAAACGCAUCCUCGGCCACCAUCACCAUGGUGAUGGACAUGAUCGAGGCUCUGGCAACAUCCAAAGAUUUCGUCUCGUCAGAGGCUGAAUCUGAGCUCAGCGUAAAUGGCUGUGUGUUCCCACAUCCUGAAGAGGGCGCCAUCAUCACAGCAGAACCCUUAACUAUGGGCUCCAGACUCCUACUUCCUCAUAUCUCCACCUUGCUACGCUAUUUCAGCGUAGUUGUUCGCAACACAGACAGACUCAAGAAGAAGAAGUUCAGGGCACAAGUGGCCAAAGAGCUCAAUAUCCUCUCCAAGGUGAGUCGAUUUGUAAGCGACAAGGAGCAGAGCUCGGUGCUCAUCAGCCUGCUGCUUCCUUAUCUCCUGAAAGGCAACAACCCUCAGGAAACAGAGAUCGACCUCCUGGCCACCAUCCAGAACCUGCUGCGGCAGAGCGUUCAGCCCUCAGCCUUCCUGCAGCCGCUCGGCAAACUCUUCGCCGUUGUUCACAACAAGCUGCCCAGACAGGCCCUCACCACCGUUUUCCAGACUCUUUCAGAUCUGGACCCUUCACUCACAUACAUCACAGAUUUAACAACAAAGCUGAACGCAUUCGACAGCCGACACCUGGAUGAGAUCUACUUUGACGUGCGCCUGAUUGCUUUCCAAGAGGCGACGAAGCGGAUUAAAGACAUGCAAACUCUAGACCUGGACUACAUCAGCAUCCUCAUAUACAACUGUUUCCACACAUAUGAGAUCGGUGACAUGUCACUGGGAGACAACGCCACCCUGUGUGUGUCUGCGGUGAUCAGCCAGGUGGUAGCAGUCGGGGCCGGGGAGCAGAUCUACAGAGAUCUAAUACAACACACCAUCCUGGAUGCUGUCCACAAGGGGCUCCGCAGCAAGACAGAGAGCGUGCAGCAUGAAUACACCUCCAUCCUUGCUUGUCUGGUGAAGAACUUUCCUGCUAAGAAAGAGUUCAGAGACCUGGUGCAGCUCACAGACUACAAUGACCUGGAGUCUGAUUUCUUUGAGCACAUGAAGCACAUCCAGAUCCACCGUCGAGCACGUGCUCUGAGGACGUUUGCCAAACAGCUGACCGAGGGCACGGUGGUGAUGACCCCGCGUUCACUUCAGAAUUACAUCAUGCCGUACGCCAUGACUGCCCUGCUGGACGAGAAAAUGCUCAAGCAUGAGAACAUGACAUCAGCCUCGGUGGAGGUGGUGGGAGCGGUAUGCCGCAAGCUGACAUGGUCCAAAUACCUGUACUACCUGAAGCACUUUGUCCACAUCCUGCAGACAGCACAGACUGAGCAGAAACUGGCUGUCAGUUUGCUGGUCACUGUGCUGGAGGCUUUCCAUUUUGACCAUCAGACCCUCAGCAGAGAAAUGGAAGCUGCCCGAGCCAGAGAAGCCGAGAGUGCUGCGAUGAAUGCUGACAACGAAGAUGAAGCUGCAGUCGGAGAAUUGGAGACCAGUGAUGACGAACAGGCAAUGGAGAUCGAUGGCAAGGCUGCUUCCACCGAUGUCCACAUGGAAACGGAUGCUACUACGCGAAGGGAGAAUGAGGAUACACCAGAGCAAGCAGUCACAUCAAAAACCGCAGCGAAGGCAGCUCCUAAAAUGAUCCCUGUGGCCAGUGGGUUGCCACAGAGCAGAGAGGAGCUGGAGUCGCUGAUCGCCGCGAUCCACCAGACUGUAAAUGACAGCGUGCUGCCCCGCCUCAACAAGUGUCUCACUGCAAAGAUACAACGUGACGAGGAGCACAAAGCAGUAAAGUCUAAAGAUGUAAAGGAUGAGGAGGUGGUGCGGAUACCCAUAGCUUUCGCCAUGGUCAAACUCAUGCAGACUCUGCCUCCUCACAUCAUGGAGGCCAACCUUCCAGGGAUCUUGAUCAAGGUUUGCGUCGUGCUGAGGAACCGUUUCCAGGAGAUCCGUGAUGUAGCAAGAGGAACGUUGGUGAAGAUCAUCGAGACUCUGGGCUGCAGGUAUCUGCAGUAUCUGCUCAGAGAGAUGCAGGGGGUUCUGGUCAAAGGCUACCAGAUGCACGUGCUGACAUUUACUGUGUACCAGCUGCUGUCUGCAGUCAGUCCAACGCUCAAGAGUGGGGACCUGGACCCCUGCAUGGGCAUGCUGAUUGGAAUCUUCAACAAUGAGCUGUUUGGGUCUGUUGCUGAGGAGAAGGAAGUCAAGGGCAUCGUUUCCAAGGUUAUGGAGGCACGACACAGUAAGAGCAUGGACUCGUACGAGCUGCUGGCACGCUUCUGCAGCAAGGAGAGCAUUAUCAAGCUCAUCCUACCGCUGAAGGAGAUCCUGGAGACCUCAUCUACUUUGAAGGUGUGUAAUCGGGUGGCAGCUGUACUGCGGCGCCUGAUCCUGGGUCUGCUUGAAAACUGCGGCAUGACCUCACAGGACAUCCUGCUGCUGUGCCACGGCCUGGUCAGCCAGAGCCUGCCGCUGCUCACCAAGAGGGACCGAGAGAAAGCGUCAGUCAAGCCUCCGCCAGAUCCCCGACUUCCCCCUUCUAGCUGCUUGCUGCUGCCUCCAACCCCAAAGAGAGGAGGUCAGAAAGCUCCUGUCAGCAGCCGCACCAACAUGCACAUCCUGGUGGACGCUGGACUCAAGCUGCUCCACCUGAGCCUAAAGAAAUCUAAAGUGACUUCGGCUGAGGCAUCAACUCUGGAGAUGCUAGAUCCUUUUAUUCAGCUGCUGCUCGAAUGCCUGAACUCCAUGCAUGUGAAGGUGAUCACCGAGGCUCUGGUAGCAUUCACCCUGCUGCUGAGGUUUCCUCUGCCAGCAGUGGAGCAGAACGCCGAGCAGCUGACCAAGCAGCUCUUUGUUCUGCUGAAGGAUUACUCAAAGGCUGGAGCUGCGCGCGGAGAAAACUAUCAGUUGGUUCAGAACUGCUUCAAGGCCAUGACCAUUCUCGUAAAGAACAUCAAAAGCAAUAAGAUCUCUGAGACGCAGCUGCAGGUGCUGCUGGGAUACGCUGAGGAGGAUAUCUAUGACCAGUCGCGCCAAGCCACCGCCUUUGGGCUGCUGAAGGCGAUCCUGUUCAGGAAGCUUAUUGUCCCAGAGAUGGAGCAGGUGUUGAAAAAAGUGGCCACGUUGUCAGUCACGGGGGGAAACAAUAUGAUCAGAACUCACUGUCGACAGAUCUACCUAAAGUACCUGCUGGACUACCCUCUCGGGAGGAAGCUGAAAGGCCACCUGGGGUUUGUGGUUGCCCAGCUGCAGUACGAGCAGGACACUGGCAGGGAGUCUGUGCUGGAACUGCUAGCCUCCAUCUUCCAGGCGUUCCCUCAGAAUCUGCUGUUGACGUACAGCAGCCUGUUCUUUGCCCCGCUGGCUUUGAUCGUGGUCAACGACGACGCAGUCCGAUGUAAGAAAAUGGCCGCCAUGGCCAUCAAGACGCUGCUUGGCCAGCUAGACAUGACCCACCAAAACGGACUGUACUCUUUCGUCAACACCUGGCUCUCUGCAGAAAAGUCCACCCUGCGGCGCCUCGGAGCUCAAGUUUGUGGCCUGUUUGUGGAAGUGGAGGAGGAGAAAUUUGCCAGUAGAAUGGACGACCUGUUGCCUGUGCUGGAGAAGGAGAUCCACCCUGACACCUAUGAGGAUAUUGAGGAGGAGGAGGAGGAAAAAGGAGCGGACAGGCUGCUGUUCAGUUAUCUCACCCUUAUCUGCAAACUGAACAAACACUGCGGUUUGCUGGAGCUCAGCAAACCUCACGACAUGCUCCUUCAUAUUUGGGGUCACAUUGAAGCCCACCUGCGCCACCCUCACUGCUGGGUGUGGCUCACUGCCUCGCAACUCUUCGGUCAGCUUUUCGCUGCUCAGCCGGCGGAGCAGCUGGUUGCCAUUUGGAGAGGAGAGGGAAGAGAUACUUCAUCUUGCCCAGCGGCCCUGGACUUCAUCACCAGCAACCUGGACAAGAGGAUGAGAGAGUUGGCUUUAUCUUUCUGCCACCAGCUGCAGUCCAAGUUCCUGGACACGGCAUCAGGGGAGCAGGUGAUCAAAAACCUACUCUUCGUUGGGAAGGUGAUUUACCUCAUAUCCCCAGAGUCUAACAUCACAUCUCUGGAAGAGGUGAAAGAUGAGGAGGAGAGGGAGACUGAAAAUGGAGAGGAUGGUGAUCAUGAAAAAGAGAAGGAGAUGGAGGAGGAGGAGGAGGAGGAAGAAGAGGAGAACCAUGAUGAAAAAGACAACAGACCUCCUUCUUUGCUGUGGCUCAUGAAAAAGCUCUCUCUGAUGGCGAAGAGAGAAGCGGCCUAUGCUCCUAAAGUUCCUCUCAAGCGAACAUGUGUGUUUAAAUUCCUGGGAGCCAUAGCGGUGGACCUGGGGAAGGAACACCUCGGCCCCUACCUCACCACCAUCAUCACUCCUCUGUACAGAGAGCUGGACAGCACAUACGCCGAGCAAGAUCCAACCCUGAAGAACUUGGCACAGGAGCUGAUAGAGCUUCUGAAGAAACAGGUGGGACUGGAGAGGUUCUCCCUAGCCUUCUCUGCAGUCCAGAAGGAGUUUUCACAGAGAAGAGCAGCUCGUAAGAGACAUAGAGCCAUGCAGGCGGUGGCUAACCCAGACAUCGCUGCCAAGAAGAAACUGAAGAAGCACAGGAAUAAAAUUGAAGCAAAGAAAAGAAAGAUUGAGGUUCUGCGGCCUGGUUAUAAAGCCAAGAAGCACCGAAGCCACGCGCUCAAAGACCUGGCCAUGGUGCAGUGAGUCAUGCAUUUGGGACUGAAAGCUGAACCAGGACAGUGACUCCUAGCAGGUGCAGCAAGGAACUGGUCUAAUGUUACUGUUUAAAUGGAUUUAAAUGAGAAAAACUAAAUCCAUUUAAUGUCACACAGCAGUAUGUCCUGAAGCCUCAUCACAAAAAAUAUGUAAAUAGCAGAUUUAAUGCAGUUUUAUUUUCUUGCUGUGGGUCAAAGACAGGGUUAUUUGAUUAUCCUUGUGCAGCUAAAAAUAAAAGUUUUUGUAAAUGAAAAA